UGACAGCAGCUUGUGAAUACACAUCUCUUCUCUCUGGUUCAACGAGGUUAUGUUUCUCUAGCUGCGCGUUUUUCUCAGCGUUUUUGACUUAUUUUUCCUCAGUUGUCCACAACUUACAUAUGUGUUUAAUAAGCAGCCAGAUCGUCUGUCAAGCUUGAAACAUUGAAACCAGCGAUUGUUUGGACUUUUCAAGAUUCAAGAUCUUGGGGAUUCUUGGGGAUUUUUUCUCCCCUUUUUAUUACACUGCACUAUAGCCUACAACCUCGCUGGACGGGCAUAUCAAAAUUGACGUUUUUUAUGAAACAAUAAGGAAUUUUGGAUGAAAGCUGUUUGUUUUCCAGCCAGCAACCAGCACCAAAGCUCAAAUAAUUAACAAAAAUAGUAUCACCAGCUGCUUAAAAACACUUUUCUGCGUGACAAUCUGGCAACCCGUGCCCACAUCGAUCUGACUGAGCUAUCAGUCAAGUAUUUUUGUCUAUUUUUCUAGUAGUUAACAGUGUUUGCUGUCAGCAUCAGAGCCUAAACCUCACCAAGAGCAGAACUAAAGCUGAGAGCUAUUAUCUCUUCUAUAAAAGUCUUCAGACCUUCCUUACUGUACAUGCUGUCAGUGAAGGGUUGCCAGAUUGUGUCCACCUGGAGGGGUUCUGAUGCUCGUGUCGUGAUAAAGUCCGAAAUCUCGUUUAACAUGAACAGGACUAGUUAACUAGUUACUUCUUGGCAGCUGAGGAACAUUUCUUAUUCGAUUUGAUCAAAACCAGCGUGUUUAGAUUGUUUUUUGUACACAUUUCUGAUUUUCUCAACACCUAAACAUCUCCAUACAAAAUUCUUCAGUUUUUCUGGAUCAGGAAGAAGCUUGAAGGAACGAGAGGCUGCUGUUUGUUUCUGACCCGGAUUGUCGUUUUUAAAUCGCUGUUUAUUGCUUAAAAUGACGGCUAUUGAGAAACUGCAGAUGUUGAUCGAAGCAGCAGAAUAUCUCGAGCGAAGAGAAAGAGAAGCGGAGCACGGCUAUGCCUCCAUGUUACCCUUCACCAGCAGCAAAGACAGAGAUGGCUUGAAGAGAAAAACCCAAAACAAGAAAAACUGCAGCAGCAGGUCUACACACAACGAGAUGGAGAAGAACAGGAGGGCACAUUUACGGCUGUGUUUGGAGCGCUUAAAAUCCCUCGUGCCCUUAGGACCAGACUCAAACCGGCACACAACCCUCCGCCUCCUCACGAGGGCUAGAGAACACAUCAAGAGGCUGGAGGAUAGUGAGAGGAAGGCCCAGCACACUAUAGACCAUCUACAGAGAGAACAGAGACACCUGCACAGACGCCUGGAGCAGCUCGGCGUGGAGCGCACACGCAUGGACAGCAUGGGCUCCUCAGACAAAUCUGACUCCGACCAAGAAGAGGUGGAUGUUGACGUGGAAGGAACAGACGAUCUUCUGAGAGACCUGGAGUGGAGCAUGAGCAGCGUGAGCGACUCGGACGAGCGAGGAAGUUUGCGCAGCAGCUGCAGUGAUGAAGGCUAUUUCAGUGCCAGUGUCCGGCGACCCGCUGACCCUCGGGACAAGAGCCCUGCGCUGACCUGCAGUCUAUAAGAGCACACAUCUGCCCUCGUCUCCAGAUGUACCUCCACACAGCUGCUCUAAUACUCCAGGAGGAAGCUCGAGGAAAGUGUUGGAUGUGUGUCCACUGACCAGACCUCAGUGACCUCACUGCCUUCGUCCAAUCAGAUCGUCCAGGCCAUUUGCCUUUGCUCCCAUCAUGCUGUCCUGGAGAAAAACCCUUAAAGCCAGAUGAAGAAUGUCUCUCAGAACCGUCCGGACGCUGCGCUGGGUCACAUGACCUGUUGUGCUCUUCCUCUAGCAGUCAGAAGACUUCCAACAGUGAGACGUUUAAUGUUUCUGAAGAAGUCACCUAGCCAUUUAUUUGAUCCCAAAUACAGCAGUAAAAAUGUUAAAUAUUUUCACUAUUUAAAAUAACUGAUUUUUAUUUGAAUAUGUUUUAAAAUCUAAUUUAUUUUUGUGAUUUCAAAGCUAAAUGUUUAGCAUUUCUCUAGUCACAUGAUCCUUCAGAAUAUAUCAUUCUAAUAUUCUGAUUUGCUGCUCCAAAAACAAUUAUUUUUCUAUAAAGUGGAAUUUUUUCAGAUUUCUUUGAUGAAUAGAAAGUUCAACAGCAUUUAUCUGAAAUAUAAAUAUUUUGUAAAAUUAUUAAUGUCUUUAUAGUCACUUUUAAAGCACCCUUGCUAAAUGAAAAGAUUCUAAAAAAUUAUAUAAUUAAUUUCACUCCUUAAUUUCUUUUUUUAUUUUGUCAUUUUUAUACAUUUUUGUUCUUUACAAAGUAUGACUAUGCAUUCAUCAAAGAAUCAUGAAAGAUUAUCCAACUGUGUUCAACAUUGAUAAUAAUCAGAAAUGUUUCUCGAGCAGUAAAUCAUCAUAUUAUUCUGAUUUCUGAAGAUCAUGUGACACUGAAGACUGGAGGAAUGAUGCUGAAAAUACAGCGGAGCAUCACAGAAAUACAUUACACUUUAACACAGAUUCACACAGAAAACAGAUGAUUUAAAUUGUAAAAAUAUGUUCCAGUUUUACUGCUUUUGCUGUACUUUGGAUUAAAUAACUGCAGGCUUGGUGAACAGAAUUCUUUAAAAUCUUGCGGUUCAGAAAGGUUUGACUGCUAGUGGGAAGUCGUGGCCUAAUGGUUAGAGGGUUGGACUCCCAAUCGAAGGGUUGUGAGUUCUAGUCUCGGGCCGGACGGAAUUGUGGGUGCGGGGAGUGCAUGUACAGUUCUCUCUCCACCUUCAAUACCACGACUUAGGUGCCCUUGAGCAAGGCAUCGAACCCCCAACUGCUCCCCGGGCGCCGCAGCAUAAAUGGCUGCCCACUGCUCCGGGUGUGUGCUCACAGUGUGUGUGUGUGUGUUCACUGCUCUGUGUGUGUGCAUUUCGGAUGGGUUAAAUGCAGAGCACAAAUUCUGAGUAUGGGUCACCAUACUUGGCUGAAUGUCACUUCACUUUCUU